AUGAAUUAAUAUUAAAUUAUCAAGAAGGAAUUAAAUCUGUGACACAAUAUAUUCAAAAUGAAAAAUCACUUAAUGAAUGUGAUAUUUCUUUUAUAAUUAGUUUAUUUCAAGAGUUUGAGGAUUCGUCUUUUAGUUAUUGUUAUGUUGAUCCAAAGAAAUUACUAGAAGCUACAAAAAAUGUUUUGUAUAAACUUCCUGAUAUUCAUGAGCUGAAUACAAAAAAAAAGAAAAGUGAAUACAUAAGAGAAACUAUUCUUAAAGACAAGUCUCUUUCAAUUUAUGAAAAGAUUCACAUGAGUAAAUUAUUUAAAUCACAUGAAGAAUAUAUUAAAGUUGAUGAACCGGAUGGGAUUAAUGAUAAAAUACGCAGAUGUGAAAUUUGUCAAAAUAUGACAUAUGCUAGUCAAUACUGUGAACACUGUAUCCGAUAUUGGAAACAAGGAUCAUUUGGAACAUGGAACGCAGAAAAACAAAUAUUAGAAAGAAAUGGACUUGAAUUAGCUCACGAUAUAAUUCUUAAAAAGUUAGAAAAUUCAAGUAAAAGUGAUGGCAGAUGGUUUGAAGAGGUAACAUCUCAUUUAUCUAUCGAUCAUCAUGAAGAAAACUUUGUUACGUGUUAUGGAAUAACUCGAGAUCCAAUAUCUCGAGAUUAUAUUCUAGUCUUGGACAUUGAAGCAUUUAUAAAAGAAUUAGGUGAUGUUAUAACUAAACAUAAUAGGCUUCAAAAUAGCGAAUUACGAAAAUUAAUUGCUUCUGAAUCAUCAAUGCACAUUUCAUUAAUUGAUAAAAAGUCCAGUAGUAAUUAUAAUUUCAAGAAACUUCCUGAACCAAGAAAUGCUACCGCAGAGGAAAUUGAAG